CAAUGGAAUAGCCGAUAGCCGCCGCCCCCUCCAUUUCAAUGCAGUCUGGUUGAGGAAGUAUAUAUGAAAUAAGAUCAGCCAUGUGGCUAUUCAUAUGUCCGACGUCGAUAAGCUGGAACAAAUCAUUCUCUCGAUCUGCAUUAUAAUUUUCUAAAUUCGUAUCACACAUAAUACAUUGAUCUUUUGUAUUCACUAUGCUGCAUGUAUGGACAGGGACAGAUUGCCUUCAGUGUUGGAUAUCUAGAAUCAUGGCUACUGUAAUAUGGAAAAGGGUGUGGUUCCAGUGAGCUAAAAAUUGACUUAAAAAAGGAAAUGACUGAAUGUUCCCUAAUGCCAUAUUGAGUUGAUGAAGAAUAUUACAUGUAUUCACAAGCAGAGUGCUUCAAAAAGGAACAUGAAUAUUGAGGACUAAUAUGGCACUUCCCCCUAUUGACUUGAAUCGAAAGAAGGAAGUGGCAAAGUGAGUCUACCAUUUGUCACACAAAAUGUGCCUCCCUUUCGAAAGAGGAAGAAGAGUUUAAAUGCCUGUUUGCGAGUGCAUUGCUUGUUGAUUUGUCACUUGAAAGCUGCAGACGUCACUGAUUGGACCAAUGUCCUGCUGCGAUGAAUACCACCUUGGUUUUUGUAGGAAACGUGAGAGGGGGCGCUAGAGUACCACUUGGUGACUCACACCGGCUUGGGGAGGUUCACUCUUUUUUUUGCAGGCAGUUAAUUUAAGAACAUAUGCAGUGUGUUGCACUGCAGACAAGAGUACCUGCAUAUAUUGCAAGAGGACCGUCCAAUUUAACCAGAGGAGAUUCACAAGACACUGGAGUGGACUGACUUUACACACCAACAUAGUGUCGGCCCAUCAUGGAACUCUUUAUAUGUUUUGCGAAACAAAUUUAUCUUGUUUGGUUUACCAGCCUUGUCCUGCUUGGGAGAUCUGGUGAUGCAGCGAAUAUACUCAUGAAUGCAAUAUUAGGCAAAGGAAGCCAUUAUUACAUUACUGAAGCCAUCGGAGAACAGCUUGUCAACCGGGGACAUAACGUGACACAUCUUGUUAGUAAUGCUUUCUACAAGCAAGCAUCAAGCAGGCAAAAUUCAGAGCUCUUCAACUAUGAAGUAUACGACACUGCGAUACCACCUGAAGUUAUUUAUCAGCUGUAUGCUAAUAUGAGUAGAGUGGCCUUCCUUUCUCCACUGAACAGUCAACAUAUUGAAGUAGAAAGCAAACCUCACUGGCAUCGCUAUCAGGACUGCCAAGCUGUUCUCGACAAUCAUGACCUCCUGGAGAGAAUUAGGCGAGCAAAUUAUUCUUUGAUUAUAUAUGAUAUGUUAUGGCCUUGUUUACCAAUUAUUUCUAAAAUGCUUGAUAUUCCUCUUGUAGGAAUCAUUUCAUUUCCCAACCCAUGUAUGGAAACAGAGAUUGCAGGAUCAAAUUUCAAUCCGUCCUACGUACCUUGUACUGGCAUUGGAUUUACAAACAAAAUGACUUUUGUUCAGCGAUUUGUGAACACAUUCCUUUACGCAUUUGUACCAUGGCUGACAACAGACAAAUAUGUCUGGUACAAUCAGCUGUUACAUGAGCAUUAUUCCAACGAUUCUGUUCAGCUUUUAGACAUUGUUCGUGAAACACAACUCUUUCUUGCCAAUAGUGAUUUUGUAGCUGAUUACCCCUGUGCCUUGGGACCUAAUGUGGUUCUUGUUGGGGGGCUAACAUCCAAGCCUCCUCAGAAACUGCCUCCUUCCUUGGAGAAUUUCGUGUCGAGUUCUGGAGAUCAUGGAGUCAUAGUGUGCACCUUUGGAUCCUUCCUGUCCUCACACGACCUCUUUGAAGCAAACAGCAAGCUUAGUGUCUUCAUCUCAGCUUUUGCAAGACUACCCCAAAAAGUCAUCAUGCAGUUGAGUCACGAGCCAUCAUUUCCAUUGCCAGGCAAUGUCAAAGUCCUACCCUGGCUUCCACAGAAUGAUCUGCUUGGCCACCCAAAGACCAAGGCAUUUGUGUUUCCUGGAGGGAAUAAUGGAUUCUACGAAGCCAUCUACCACGGUGUGCCCACAGUAGUCAUCCCUCUGCGUGGUGAUCAGUUUGAUGUUGCAGCUCGUGUGACUUCAACAGGGAUUGGCGUGGUGGUGGAUAAGCUGACGGUGACAGAAGAUAGUCUACAACACGCCAUUCACCAAGUCACCAGCACAAACAAGUUUGCCAAUAAAGCUAAGAAGCUCUCAACUAUCUUCCGGGAUCGGCCGAUGCCACCUGCACAGCGAGCUGCAUUCUGGAUAGACCAUGUGAUCAAGCAUGGAGGAGAGUAUCUUCAAUCCUCUGUUCAUGACCUGAGCCGUAUGCAGCAUAUCCUACUGGAUGUCUUGACGGUCAUGUUCAUAUUGUUUCUUGUACUGUGUGUUCUAGCCUACAAAUGCAGCUCAAAGGUGCUGUGGUUCCUCUAUGGGUGUGUAACACAUAAACAUUUAAAAAAUAGUUAAGACCUGAAAUAUAUCUUCUCUAUUAUUUACUAUUAUUUUCCUACAUAUAUAUAUAUAUAUGGAAUUGAAAAUGCAAUCUUUCAAGAAUGGUUAUGACUACUUCUGUAGAAUCUGUACGAGGUACGAGCCAUCAGGUAUCAGUCAACUGGUUCAAGUGAAAAGUCCUGAAAUAAGGAAUUAUGCAAAUGGUAUUUU